AUGACCCUCGUCGCUAGCCUCAGCGCUUCGUGGACAGUCAGCCCUGCAUCCACCGCGUUGGUCCAGCGACGACGUUUACUAGUUGGUACGUGAACUCCCCCUAAGCUUGCCAGCUGCUCCUCGGAGGACAGCUGCUGCCAAUUCAGCAACGGCAUCUUCAAAGAACGUGACGGCCGAUUUGCGCCAUGGCUGGCAUGGAAGAGCUCGAGAUACACAGCAAGUCCUACCUGGUACGCUGGGUUCACGUCAAGGCGGAGCAUACAAUUUCCUGGAGUAUCCAGCCUCAUAAGAAGUCGCUCAACUUCGGCAUCUUCAAGCAUCCUGGCCAUGCUGCUGGUCAGACGCCGCACCUCCCCGUUUCCGGUGCACACAGCAGCGACGGAAACGAAACGCCUGCCAUGUCCAGCGCAGGUCCGCGCCAGAACGUGUCGUCAGUGGUGGAAAAGCUCACAGCUAUUGGAUUAAAACCCAUUCAAUGGAUUGGAAAAUGCGAAGCGGAUAAAAUAUCUCAAGGGACUUAUGAUGUGCCAACGGACGAAGGAGGGAACUAUGCCCUGGUGUUCGACAACACCUUCUCCAAACAGAUCUCCAAGACGGCCACCUUCGUCUUGCUCACGUAUCCAACGGCGACACCACCUCAAUCCGCCCACCAUGUGCAUCAUUCACAAGCUCUAGCCGGUGCUAGUUCCAACGGGCCGCCAGGGGCCAAAUCGGUGGCGGGUGAAUCGAUAGAGUCCUUGAGACAUACCCGGUCCUGGGGCCGCUCGGUGCCAGGGGGAAAUACUAAACGCCCACCCCAGAGUGCAGAUUCCGACAAUCCCUUCCCCGCCACAGUUCAUACUGGAAUCCUUCAUAAGCGGCGACGGAAGCGACAUCAGGGCUGGGCUAGGAGGUUCUUCUCCCUGGACUUCGCAACUUCUACGUUGUCCUACUACCAUAACCGUAACUCGUCCGCUUUGCGCGGCGCUAUUCCACUUACUUUAGCAGCAGUGGCUGCGAACGCAGAGACACGGGAGAUCUCUAUUGACUCUGGAGCUGAGAUCUGGCAUCUCCGUGCUAGUAACGACCAGGACUUCUCCUCCUGGAAACGUGCUCUGGAAAAAGCGUCCAAGCCAGCAAGUGAAGAAAGACAAUCUGAUCACCUGCUUCGUGUGCCUUCCCGCGCAUCGUACAAGGCGCCGAUUAGUGCCGCUGAGGAACGCGAAUGGAUGCAGGCGGAGAAUCUGGUGAGCAAGCUAUCAGGAACAAGGGAUGCUGUGAGACGGUUGGCAAAAGACACCGACCCCAAGUAUUCGAAUACGGCAGUGGUUUCCCCCGGUGAGCGACCCCGGAAUCGCUCGCCCAGCCCGCAUCCUGGAUCUUCGGAGACGAACGGCGGCGAAGACUACCUUGAUUCAAAGGAGAGGCGGUCAUUCUGGAAACGCAAACCUAGCAACAAUGCUCAGGUGGCACCUAAGCGCAAUGUAGCGACGUCCCAGCUCGCUGUCCCGACGCCAGUGUCUGAUUCUGCUUCCGUCACCGGCGAGAGAAAGCCCAGGAGCAUUGCCAGUCAAUCUGACCAUGAGAACCCGAUCCAUGACAAUCUCAUGGCCGUGCUUCGAGACCUCGACGACGUGGUUGCGGAGUUUACGGUUCUGUUGGAGCAGAGCAAACAGCGACGAAACCCUGCCAGUCUCGUGGCGCAGUCACGGAUGAGUAUGGAGUCGGAUAUCUCACAGGAAUUUUUUGACGCCACGGACGGUGGUGAAGUCUCUCCUCUUCUAACCAUACAGCGAGACAGUGAAGACGAGGCAGGAAAGAGCGGAGACGAGAACAUGGCCGAUAACGACUCACUGUCUGGUAGCGAAGUGGACGAUAUCGAUGCUCCAAAUGGCUCCAAACUUGACCAUCUGUCAUCCCUGUUCCCUGCAAAGCCAAAGUCCCUUGCACCUUUACCUCUGAAUAGCGUGAAACGAAGGACAAAUAUACCAGCACCUACAGUCCUUCCUCCGAGUCUCAUUGGCUUUCUGCGGAAAAAUGUAGGGAAGGAUUUGUCACAGAUUUCGAUGCCGGUUUCUGCCAACGAGCCCUUAUCAUUGCUCCAGCGUGCUGCGGAAAAUCUCGAAUAUUCGAACCUAUUGGACACGGCUGCUAAUUGUAGCGAUGGACUCGAACGCCUACUAUACGUGACCGCCUUUGCCCUGGCCUCAUUAUCGAAUAAUCGAGUGAAGGAGCGCGCGAUUCGCAAGCCCUUCAAUCCCAUGUUGGGAGAGACAUAUGAGCUUAUCCGUGAGGAUCGCGGCUUCCGCUUCAUUGCUGAGAAAGUGUCUCACCGUCCUGUGCAGCUCGCCUACCAAGCAGAGACAAAAGACUGGAGUCUUGCACAGUCACCAAUGCCGACGCAGAAGUUCUGGGGUAAAUCAGCCGAAAUAAUCACUGAGGGCAAGAUCAGACUAAUACUGCAUUCGAGCGGCGACCGUUUCAGCUGGACUCCGGCAACCUGCUUCCUCCGUAACAUUAUUGCAGGUGAAAAGUACGUAGAACCAGUUGGUGAAAUGUCUGUCGUCAAUGAGACCACCGGUCAAAAAACCGUGUCGACAUUCAAAGCGGGUGGCAUGUUCUCAGGUCGCAGCGAGGAAGUCAGUGUGAAAGCUUUAUCUCCUCACGGCGAGGAGCUCCCUCUCGGCCUGACUGGCUCCUGGCCUUCUAGCCUUGUAUUGACAGAGCGUGGUGCUACCACCAAGAAGGCCAUAUGGUCGGCCGGUCCACUUGUCGAACAUGCCCCUAAACACUAUGGCCUCACGGCGUUUGCUGCCUCGCUCAACGAAAUAACGCCGAUCGAGAAGGGAAGGCUCCCGGCAACAGAUUCCCGCCUCCGCCCAGAUCAACGUGCACUUGAAGAAGGGGAUCUGGAUAGAGCAGAGGAGCUGAAAGUUCGCUUGGAAGACAAACAGCGCGCACGGAGACGCGAUAUGGAAGAUCGUGGCGAUGAGUGGAAGCCCAGAUGGUUCACCCGAGUUGAUGGGCUGGACGGCAACGAAGCGGUCUGGAGGCUGAAGACCGGCAGGGACGGAUACUGGGACGAAAGGGCCAGGAAUGAGUGGAAGGGAGUAGUCCCAGUGUUCGAGGUCUGAAUGUAAUAGCGGCUAAGGCCAUAGAUAUGUUCUUCACUUCUAGAUUCAGCUCCGAAUCUAGGAAGACGCCUAUACUCUCCACGAGAUCUCGAUUUUGGACACGGAAAGAUAAGAAAUGAAGAUAUCUAAAGACAUUGUCUUAUAUGUUUCUUUCUCCUAUACUGUAUUGCCAUCUGAUAGAAGUGGCUGGUAU